AUGACAUUCAGAGGCCAAACGAUCACAGUGAACCAUUUCGCGUAUUUGGUGUGGCCCGAUCACACAGCGCCAUUCAAUCCAGCUCCAAUGAGUGGCUGUAUGAAGCUUUGCAGACAACUAGCUGAAAGUCACCCAAUCACAGUGCACUGUUCUGCAGGUAUCGGACGAUCUGCGACGUUUAUAGGCAAAUGCUCUUACAUUAGUAAUUGUAACAUGUCGCCUAUAUUUGUAAUCAUUGCGAAUCCAGCUGACUGUACUACCGCUUCGGUUCUCAAAGUUCAAUAUUACUCUACUGUCCGUUCCUUUGAUAACAUCGAAAUCCUCUGUUCUUUACUGACGAAAUUUUACCACAUUAAUUAA